AUGGCUUCCCAGACGGUGACAGAGAGGAUCCCGAACGAAAUCAUGCGGAUGAUUCUGGAGAGGCUGGAGGACUGGCAGGACAUCUUGUCUCAAUGCCUCGUCUCCAAGAGAUUCCACGACAUCGCCCGCCCACUCCUCUUCAGGGACAUCUCGAUUGGGUACUACUCAAUAAUUCCACUCACGAAGAUUUUCUUCGCGCAGCCGAAUCUGGCUAAGGAAGUGCAGGUCUUGACGGUUCAGAUUACGGAAAUGGGCCUCCACAACAACUACGAGCGCUACUGCGCAAGCAUCGAUGCCACCGAGGAACAAGAAAAGUUCCUUUCCGAGAACCCAGAGGGUAGCUUCAAGCGAAGCGCGUUCGAACACUUGAGCAAGAAGGUUGACCCCGCUUUCAAGAUGUUCUGGCUCGCGCAGUUCCCGGACUGUCAGCACGACGUCUACCUUGCGCUGCUUCUGACCUUCCUUCCAAAUGUCGAGGAGCUCUCAUUCAGGUUUAACAGUCGCCCCGGCUCCGCAGAGUCUUUCUUGCAGCUCGCUUUCAGGACCGUCGCAGAGAAGUCGGAGUCGAAGGGCAUGUUGGGUAAGCUCAAGAAGCUCAACAUCGACCACACACGCGCUGCAAGCACUCCAUCUUCUCUUGUUCCUUUGUUGGCUACGCCGAGCCUCGAGGAGAUCAACAUGCGAAGCCUACAAGCUCUGAUCAUACCGCUGGGCACCGGCUUCAUCGCGCCCAACGUGACGAGGGUCCGUCUGGAUGUCACGGCUUUCAACAUCCCAGUCGCCAGCGCGCCCGUUGUCGCCGCAAUCAUCCAUGCCUGCCCUCGCCUGGCUAGCUUCGGUGUUGGAUACUUUGGCCUGGAGGACAACUUUGACAGCUGGCUCGACACGGUGUGCCUUGCCAUCCGCGAACGUGAAGGGACGCUGGAGACGUUCAGCCUGGGCACUACCGUCAACGACACGGCCCAGAAGCCUGCUCGCUUCGAUUCGCUGACCGGCUUUGCCAAACUGAAGAACCUCCAGGUCCCGGAGCAUCUGCUGCUCGGAUACCCGCCCAGUGGCGAUGCGGUCAAGUCCCUCGCCAGCCUUCUGCCGUCCGGACUCGAGACUCUCUCACUGACGAACUGCACCCACGAGGAGCUGGAGCCUGUCAUCUCCAUCGUUGAGACCGGAUACAAGCGACUGCCGAUACUGGAACGGGUGCUGGUCGACUUUGGCACGGUUGCCGACACGCAUGAUGACACGGUGGAAGAGCUUGAUGGAGCUUUGAUCGAGCUGGCGGAAUGGUAUGAAGACAAGAUGGGUGUCGCGUUUUCAUGGAAGAUGAAAACGGGCGAUACUGAUGCUGCCGACGUGGCUUUGGACCAGCUCUUGGAGGAGAAUGCCUAG